AUGAUCACUCAAGUCCCAGUUAGUCCGACGGGGCAAGCUGCCUCAGACUUGGCUCAGCUAUGGCAAGAGGCUGUCCAAGCAUACGAGAAGGAGACUGGCAAAAGUCUUCAACUCGGGCAUUUCAGGAGCAUGGACGAUGUCAUGAGCGGCACCGAAAGCCUGUCCCAGAAGUUCAAAGACUUUCGGGACGACAAGUCCAAAGUCUCUAAAGUGCGGACCGCAUUCAAGAAUAACAUGUGGCUGAUCCAGAAGAUUGUGAACACUGUUCAAGUAGUUGGGAAUGUCGCAUCAGCCUUUCCUCCGGCUAUGCCCGCGAGCUUGAUUUUUUCGGCCUUCGGGCAGGUCAUGCAGUCCUUUGCGGAUGUGUCGGCCGACUACGACAAGGUCAUGGGCUUUUUCGACUACACACAUCGGUUCUUCGACAGACUUUCUAUCAUUGACCAGAAAAUGCCCAAUUUACCUCAAUUCCAACGCUGUGUUACGCGGGUAUUCUCGAGCAUCCUCAAGAUCUGCUCGGCUGCACAGAAGUACUGUGCAGAGAAACGAUUUAAGAAGUGGUUUGAAAGCCUCAUGAAAGGAACCGAUGGAGCCCUAGCAUCCGCUAGUGCGCAGUUGGACGAGGCUGUGAACGAGCUCAGUCAAGCGGUCGGCUUGUCCACGCUACGAACAGUCCAGAUACUUGAUGAGGUUGUUCAAAGUAUGAAUGGAAAUGUCGAGUUCCUGGUCGCAAAUGCCAAUCUUAUCGAUGAGCGAACGCAAGCUAUUGAAUCCAACACGACCACGAUCAUGGAACAGAACAAGGAACUCGAAGCCAAACAGGAUGAAAUGACAGCUCUCCAACGGGAAGCGCUGGAGAAGGUGACAGAACAAUCUCGGAUGCUCAAUGAAGUCGUUGGGUAUUUUGGAUCUGUUCAAAUGGGGGAGAACUUUGGCAAGAGCUUCCAGACCAGUCUGCUGAAGAUGAAUGUCGUCCAGCUUCGACUAACUCGUUGGGGUAAAUCUGUGGGAUUAGCAAAUCUGUCUGAUGCCAAGUCUCUCCGCGAAGCAAAGAUAGCAUCAGACGACAUCCCGCGGGUGGAAGAGCUCCUAGAAGGGAUUCUGGAUCAAUUUGCGGAUGCCGCGAGAAUUUCCCAGCGAUUUCAGAAGCGUAACGCAGGCGUGCAAGUCCUGGACCCCGCAAAGGAACUAGACGAAGUCUCCGCAUCUCUGCGUCAGACAAUGACUGCGCUUGUCAAGGAACGACAAGGCAAUGCCGAGUCGGACCCAGAGUCGGACUUGACUCUGUAUGAAGAGAAGAAUUUCACGCGACUGAUCCAGGAUGUGGGGGAGCUGGUCAAUGACCUGGUCAGCCUGUUCCCUGCCGUGGAAGCCGAUCAGCGUAAGCUCUGUGAGGAAGAAGUUUCCGCAAUGGAGAAGAUCAAAGAUGGUCUUCCAGUGCUGAAAGAAGCAGCAGCUGGUCAAGAUGAUCUGCUCAGUCAAACCGUUGUUAAGGUCAUUGAGUCAACCACUACCACCACAUACACCAACAGCGUGGUCUUCCAAGGGCAGAACUCGGGCUUCCAGAUUGGCAACAACAAAGGCAAUAUCAGCAACGUCCGCUUCCAUUGA